AUGAAACUUUGUGACUUAUUAUUGGCCAUUGUCUUCAUCAUCCAGAUUGGAAUUGGGCUUCUAGGGAAUGCCUUCCUACUGUUUCUUUACAUCCUCACAUUUCUCACUGGUCACAAGCUAAGGCCCAUAGACUCCAUUUGUGUCAACUUGACCAUAGCCAACUUGAAAACCCUUCUAUUCAAAGGUCUUCCUCAGACAAUAUUCUAUCUGGGCUUAAAAAAUUUCCUGUAUCCUAUUGGGUGUAAACUUAUCCAGUACCUUCACAGAGUGUCUAGGAGUGUUUCUCUCAGCAGUACCUGCCUUCUGUGUGGUUUUCAGGUCAUCACCAUCAGUCCCAAUAACUCCAGGUGGUUUCAACUCAAAGUCCAAGCCCCAAAACACAUUAUCCCUUCUUGUCUCUUCUGCUGGUGCUUCUACUUGUUUAUAAAUUUCACUAUGCUUGGGAUCAUGAAUAACUCAAGGUUCAUGAGUAACAGCACAAGAUGGUGGCAUCUGGGAUAUUGUUCAGUUACAGCCCAUGACUCAUUUAGUGCCUCACUCUAUAUAAUUAUUUUCUUUCUUCCUGAUGUCAUUUGCAUGGCAUUCAUGAUCUGGGCCACUGCCUACAUAAUUUUUAUUCUGUACAGACACCAUCAGCAAGUCCAACACAUUCACCAUCCCCACAUUUCUCUUAGAACUUUUCCUGAGAUAAGAGCCACUCAUGCAAGCCUUUUACUAGCAUGUACAUAUGUCUCCUUCUAUUCAAUUAAUUCCAUCAUCUCCUUUUGUGCCUUUCAAUUUGUCAUAUAUCAUUCCUUUCUCAUGUCUACUAAACAAUUCAUAGCAGCAUGUUUCCCAGCUAUUGCUCCUUUUGUCCUG